GGAAGGAGGUGCUGUCCUCUCCGAAGCUGACCCACAAGAGAGCGUUCAGCGAUGAUGUGUCUCAGGUCAGCCCCGUGCUGGAGCCCCGAGCAGUUCAGAGCCUGAAGCCCAAAAACGAGCCCACAUCACGCUCSUCUCUGUGCAUCAACGGCAGCCACGUGUACGGGGAUGAUGUCCUGAGGAGCCCCGUGCCCCCAUCCUCUGCUCCUCUACCCGUGCCCAGGAGGCAGGAGGAGCCUUUUGGCUUUGCCCCGUUGCAUCCUGAACCCCACGAGGUGCCCUGGGCGCUGGGCAGCCUGGACAGGGCUCAGCACAGAGAUGAGCCCAGGUUUAUCCCAUCCCCGCCCAGCCUGGCGCUGCAGGAGGAGCUCAAAGUGUCCACCAAAGCCGUGACCCUCAGCAACCACCUGGGCAGGGCACGGCUGGAGGAGGGCAGAGGUGGUGCUGAACCAGCUGAGGAUGGCAGGAAGGAGGACAGGAAAGCCAAGGGAGGCUUUUUCCAGCACGGCAGCAAAGGUGACAGAGCCACCCCCGUUCACACUGCGGCCACGGGUGAUGACAGGAGCAAGAGCAGCGCCUGGUUCGGCUCCAAAGAGCCCAAAGAGUCCCCUCAAAAACCCAGGUCAGUGCAAGCCCAGGUCCAAUCUGCUGAUUCCUGCCCCAAAUUCCCAUCUCCAGCAGCUCUGCUGGUCAGAGCGCCCAGACACUCCCAG